ACAAUGGCCGGGGGGAGAGGGGGCGCGGCUACAAUGUUACUUUGCAAUGUAACAACUCGCCCACUGUUGCAACCCAGCACACAUGCAGCAGCGCAGAUACCCCCGGCCGUACAUGUCACCGGCCCCCUGCCUGCCUGCCUGCCACCGUGUGUGCGACUCCCGACAAUUGCUGAUCCGUGGCGACAGAGACAACCCAGAUAUCCUCCGUUCAGGCUGCGUUGCAACUCAUCGAGUUUAAUGCCGAGGGCUUUAACUAGCCAUCGGCUGAUAAUGAUUUGAAACCUGGGGGCGGGGAGGGGAAAUGAACCCUUUUGCCCGCAACCACGACGGGAGAGGAAUUCAAGGUGCCUUCAGAAAAGAGGACGCCCCUCAAGACCAGGGGACGGCGACUUCGAUCAAUUCUGGCGCCGCAUCUGGCCAGGUUUUCGGUGGGGGUCGGCCAGCCUUCGCCAGCCACGCCUCGGUUCCCGCACGCGCCCACGCAAGGGCCGACACUUCUGAGCGGUCUGGAUCGGCGGUCAACUCCGGCACUCGGCAACACGGACCUCGUGGUAUCACCGACGGCUUCUCGCCGCAGAGAUCCAACGGGCAGAAGAAAAUGGCGCUUGCCCGAGUCACUCCCAUGCCCCAGGACUGCCGGAAUUUGCAGCAGGGUCCCAACGCGCUCCCAGCGACGGAGGUGAAGAGCGCGCAGGUCAGAGAUGCCCCGACGCAUCGCCCGUCAGGAAGCGGUCAAACGGCCGGACCGUUCAGCGAUGCCGUCUCGACCUCAGAAAGAAAUAUUGAAAAUAAAAUCGCCCCUGACCCUGGGAAAAUAAUCGGCUGGAGAAACCAACACAGCAGACAAAUUUUGCCCCAUUUGCCCCGACAACAAAAUGUCCUUAACAUUCACUUCAAUUAUACGCCUGCAACAGCGGGCGAACAUUGUAUUGUGACUUCUCCACUGUCGUCCUCUGGUUUGAAAGCUCAACACAACGUCACCGGCCCAGGUAUUUACCUCUUGGCCGCUGGCGCAGGUUCAAAGGAUCCAGCCACCUCCCAGCUGCCUCCUUGGUCGUUGGGACGUGGCAGCCUUGGCACUUCAUCAAGCGGUUUGGAUUUGGUCACCCAACAGAACGGCGCAGUACCUCCAGUUGAGGUUGGGGGUUUGUGUGAUCAGAAUGUGCCAACACCUUCAGAUUUGAUGAGAAUGUUGCACUCUGUGUUCAGGCUGACGGUCAACGACGAUGGAAGCCAAUCGCUCCAAAUGGUUUCAAAUCCUUCUGUGGGAUUGAACGGUGAAAGUUGUCAACCCUCGUCUGCUCAGCUGCCUGCCAGGGAUGAGGGGGGGAGGCAGAGCACAGCGGGUCUUCUCCUUGUAAUUCCCCCGUCGAUGGAGGUCCGUGAUUGCCAAAGUCAGGGAGGCGGCACGGUUUACCCCCCUCCCCCCACACCAACUCGUGAAGCCAACGGCGGCUCAUUGAAUGGGAACGUAGGCCUGGUCGAAACGUCCAGCAUAGUCAAGGAAACGCUGGCCUCCAUGUCGGAACUAUCUAAAUAUUCAGCGGCGUCGGAUGCUAAUUUCCGGCCCGUGGUCGGGCGGCACUGCAAGGAGAUGUCGAAUCGUGGUUCAUCAACAGCGGGCAGUGGUGGCGGACAGCAGCAAAGUUGUGCCAAUUCAUUGCCGCCGUUCCAGGGGAUGUCACCAUCCAAAGAUUUGUCUUCACUUUCUGAAUUAAGAGGGAAAAAGAGAAACUUAACUGAGCGUACAGAAAUGUCUCCGAUUGACAGUGCCCACCGCGAUCCGACGUUUUGCGAUGUACGGGAACGUUUGGAGGUGAUUAAUAGUCCACCCGCAAAACGGUUUCUGGCUUCUGCCCUGGAAGAUGCGUCGCAAGAUGCACCCGGCUGUCAAAAUGCAGUUCCCCCUCCCAACAAGGAGGGGGCGAACUCUCCGGAGCUGAUGCACGGCAAACCCCCGGAUAAAGGUGACACUGCCAACGAGGCUCGCCCUGAUGUGGGAGGCAAAGAGGAUAUCUGCAUCACCGGAGUCUUUUCGCUCGAAGACGACACUGGACAGUGGGAGCUUGUCCAGCCGCCUUCUCCUGCUCCUCUGGGGGUUGACCCCGUUAACCCCGCCACGGGUUCAGCCAGUCUCGCUGCUGACCAGGUGAACAGUUUGUCUGCUGCUAGUGGACCGUUAACUUCGGCGUCCAUUUUGACUGACAAAACAAGUCCACGCCACACCUUCGUCAUGGAGGAGCACUGGCAAACGAUGGAUAAAUCUCCCACUAACUUGGAAAGCCGACCGUGCCCUUUGGUAACCGAAUCUCCCGCACUAAUACACACGCAGCCAGUGGUGAGAAGUUCAACCGCUGGAGAAUCGUCUUGCGAUUCAAGUGACGUCGCCGACAUUUCAAUUGAUCUAACUGCAGACGAAGGGUAUUCUUCCCAUCCUGUGUUGCCUUCCACCCUCUCUGAACACAACCCCAAACUGGUUUCGGACGAAAGCCUUUUGCCUUUAGAUGUCAACGGGCAAAAUCCUGCCUUGUCUCUCGACAAGGAGACUCAGGAUCUCGAUGGGCUGCUGUGUUCGAUCGAGGUGGCCAUCGAGGCUCUGCAGGACUUCUGGAACCCCAAUCUUCCUUCACGCGCUGACAGGUUGGUUUGCACGGAUGAGACCUUGCAAGGAGGGAGUGUGGUGUGCAAAACGCCCAGAGUUGAAGAGAGGGCAUCGAGUCGUUGCGGAGUUGCACGAGCUGAAGAUCAAACGAAUAGAGUUGACCUGCUUGAGGAUCCUAAUUGUGGCCGGUCUACUGACAUAAAAGUGCUGGGACAUGCUGAAAUUCUGAGCCUGCUUGCUGAGAUAUCGAGUACAAAUUCAAAGGCGAGGCUGCCUGUAGACGUGGCAACGCCUGGACCAUGCACUCACUCCACAGUGAGCGUGAAUGAGGGAAUGCAGAAUGCAAGCCGCACUGAGUCUGUUGAAAGCAGUGCCAAGUUGCCGGAGUUAAAGGAAUGUAGAAGCGGGGGAGAAUGGAACAGCGCUGCCUUACAGGGACUUGGCAGCAGGAACGGAGCGACCAAGAAAGGGAAACACCAGAAGAAAAUAUAUUGCUGCAUUAACGCCUGGCUGGUUUCCUCUGGGGUGCUGGGCAUUUAUUGCAACUGUAAGCCGUCGCAGGGAAGUAAAGCUGAGAGCCAGGCUGAGUUGGCAGCCGCCAGGCACAAGGCCCAAAGUGGCAGCGAGAGGAGCGGUCAAAACUGUGCUGCGGUUCAGAAGGCGACGUCGCUCACGUUGAACGGCGUGCAGCUCGCAACUCGCGAGAAUGCCCUGGGGAAAGCCAUGGCGGGGCACGCCGCUCCCAGUACUCUCCCCAAACACCGUUGGGAAGGUGCGCCGCGUAAAGCCUGGGGCGUGGAGGCGGUGCCCAGCGGCAUGAUGUGCCGCGACGUUGGAGCGAGGGCGGCGGCGGAAAGAAACUUCCCACGCGAGCGAGGCAACGUAAGCCCAAGUGGCUCGGGCGCAGCGGGGGGCUCCGGUGGGUUAGUCGCCAUCGUCGCUCCCGAGGGAGGACUUCCACGACGGACAACGGAGCAAAGCAAAGGCACUUCUCCAGCCGCUGCAGAAACGGGAGCAGAUAAAGAAGAUUGCAACGUUGCUUUGGCCAAGGGGCUGAAUGAAGAUAAAACCCAGACUGUGACAUGGAACGCACCUUCUCAGAAUGUAUUGAGUGAGAAGGCCAGCGAUAGGACUGAGGCACUGCCGUGUCAUCAACAUAUGGUUCAGCUGGGAUUUCAGGUAACAACAAGAAAAGCCGACGGUUCUCAUUGCUGGACUCCACCGAAGAAAAGGAAGAUUGGUGUUCAGGGAAAGAAAAAAUGUGGGAGGAAUCAUGGGCGACAGACGAACAGCCAUAGUUCUCAGCGGAAAACAAAGUGUGACACUGAGGAUGCCAAAAUUCUACCUGAUUAUAACUGUCGUAUUCUGAUCCGGGAUAAGACCUUCUCUUCGUCGGGGGAGCGAGUGGUUCUUGUCAACCUUCUGCCACUUUCUGGACAACCCUUUAAACCAAAGGAGAAAAUCCGAAUCAAAUCGUAAUAACUGUACAACAAAGUCUCUUUUUCUGUUCCCCUUCUUGCCUGGUUAACUUUAACUGAGUUUUUUGUUUCACAAAAGAUUAUUCAAUAUAUGAGGCGCCAUCGUGUCGCCAUGUUAAACCGUUAUUUUUCCCUUUAAUUAGGAACCCGCGUUCUUAACGCUAUCCUCCUCCAAUAUUAGAAUUGAGGAGGUUUAUUGUCCAUUUGACCCAUUAUGAGGGUGACACGGUGGCGUAGCGGUAGAGUUGCUGCUUCACAGCGCCAGUGACCCGGGUUACGGGCGCUGUCUGUACGGAGUUUGUCCGUUCUCCCCGUGACCUGCGUGGAGUUUCUCCGAGAUCUUCGGUUUCCUCCCACACUCCAAAGACGUACAGGUUUAUGGGUUAAUUGGCUUAGUAUAAAUGUAAAUUGUCCCUAGUGCAUGUAGGAUGGUGUUUAUGUGCGGGGAUCGCUUGCCAGCGCUGAAUCCCUAAACUAAACUAAAUGAAUGAUGAUUGCAGUCAUAGGGUAUGAUGUUUACACCAUGAGUAUAUGUUAUUGCCGGGCACAUCCUGUUUGGGACUGUUGCUAUUAUUCCAGUGUUGUUCAUAAGCUAAGAAAAUUUACCUCACUUUGAUUUGUCUUGUUCCUCAAUUAAAUUGUCCGAGGUUAUUGAGGUUUGAGCAAAACAAAUGAAACUAUUUUCUCUUGAGUAUUAAGCUAUAUUUUCCUCUGUUAUUAUGAAUAAAGAAAGGAGAGGUUAGAUUACUUCUCGUUGUUGAACACUGUAUAAUCUAAUUUGAUAAAUUGGCUUGUAUAUUAGUUUGAAUGUUCUGAAUUUUAUUGUUUUGACAUUAGUUUUUUUUACCAGUGUAAUGAUUACAGUUUUCAAUAUGUUUACAUUCACCUGUACUUGGGUUGUAGUAAUUUGCAUUGUUCAAAUGGCCAUUUAUUAACAAAUAUUGCCUGUUAUUCAAACUUCUAAUUUCCCACUGUGGGGGAAAAAAUACUAAAGGUGUUUCUUAUUUUUCAA